AUCGCAAAAAGUCUCAUGAUUUGCAAUCAGUCUUGCAUCAGUUGCUUGUGCGAAUGGUUCAGACAACGCAAUGCUCUUGAAAUAAGCGCAAUGGCACUUUAUUACGUUCCGAUCGAAGCGUGCAAUAAAUCCACGUCUUCAGAUUCGCGGUAUACACCGCGCAUUCUAAGCAGAAGGUUCCCGUUAACCUUAACAUCAUACAAAUGGAUUGAUAUUGACAUCAGCGUGACAUCAGUUUCAUGCUCCGUGGAGAUAUCGCUCGGCGAUACACGCGGCAACCGGAUUAUUCUACCAUACAGAACAUGGAGAACUCUGAUCGAGAAACGUGUUGACAUCGAGCGAUUCGUCCAGUCAACGGAAACAUCAUCAUCGAUAAUGAUACACGACCUUAACAUGCAACUUGUUAAACUGAACGAACAAAGUAUUGUUAAAUUAACGUUACACGAUGCAUGUAUUUAUCUCAAGCCUGCAACCGUGCUAUUCUUAUACGAGUUAGAGCACUGCGUUGAACAUGUAUAUUUUACGUUGUAUCAAAGCAUCGCUAUCGUGACUGAGAAAUUUAAAUAUUUCGUAAAUUUUUUGCGUCAAAACUGUGUCGUAAAUAAACGCGAAGCUAUACAUAUGUUGCACAAAUCUUACGAUAAGAGUUCGCAGAUCGAGUGCGAAUUAAUUGCUUAUGCUAUUGAUAUUAUUGUACACGAUGCAUUGCAUACUGAAUAA